GCUCGAACAGCCUCGUACACCAUGCAGGCCGCACCUCGAGCCCUCCGCGCAACCAUCUUCCGCCAAGCGCCGCGCAUCCAGGCGUCGCACGCCACCUCGUCCUCCUCAUCAUCUCCCUCCCGGUACCCCUCGCCGAGCACCACCAGCUCGGCACCAUGGACGCCUUCGCUGCGGUAUCCGGUCAGCCACGUCCGCGGGUUCGGCUCGUCGAGUGCAGCGGCGGCCCAGCACGCGCCGGACGACCUCUUCGAGACGGCGCCACUCUUCGAGCGCGUACAGCAGAGCCCAGAAGUCAUCGCUGCGAUUGAAAACAUGGCCAAGGUGACGCGCGAGAAGACGGGCGUCGACCUCGCAGCGGGCGACAAGCCGUCAAUGUCGAUGAUGCUCAAGCUCGCGCGCGACCCCGAGCUGCGCGCGGCGGCCGAGCGCCUUAUGGCGGCCCUGCGCGGCGCCGGCGUCGAGGUCGACCCCAAGGUGGCGCUCCAGGCGCUCCAGAUGAUGGGUGGCGAGGGCUUCGAGGGGCUCAAGAAUGGCCUGUCGGACUAUCACGAGAAGGUGCGCAAGGACGGCGAGGGCGAGGGUGAGGGCGAGGGCGAGGGCAAGAAGUGACGGGCUCGUGCAGGAGCGGAACAGUCGGCGUCGACGUCGAGCUGUACACCAUGUCUAUCCCUCGCUCUCUCUGUCUGUAACUCGCGCUGUGCCCUCCUCGUAUCUCUCGUCUCGCUC